GUAAGGUUGUUUGGAGCGGCGCCUCGCGAAGCUCCCCUCGACAGUCCAUUUUAAUAACUCUUUCGCGAUUUCUACUUCCCCACGGGGUCCCUACAAAAUGGCGGCCGCUCAAGUGAUUUCGAAUUCGGGGCACGAAGACAUGAUUCACGAUGCCGGCUUAGAUUACUACGGCCGCAGGUUGGCAACCUGCUCCUCCGAUAAGACGAUUAAGAUCUUCGAGAUCGAGGGAGAAUCACACCGCCUGGUUGAGACCCUGAAAGGUCACGAAGGUGCUGUGUGGUGUGUCGCAUGGGCACACCCCAAGUUCGGCACGAUUCUGGCCUCCUCCUCGUACGAUGGCAAGGUCCUGAUCUGGCGGGAACAACCGCAGAACGCUACCUCUCCCGCCAGUGGCAGCUCCUGGACCAAGGUCUUCGAUUUCUCCCUUCACACCGCUUCUGUGAACAUGGUAUCUUGGGCCCCUCACGAGAGCGGAUGUCUCCUUGCCUGCGCCUCUUCCGAUGGUCACGUCAGUGUUCUUGAGUUCCGGGACAAUGCCUGGACUCACCAGACUUUCCACGCCCACGGUAUGGGUGUGAACUCGAUCAGCUGGGCUCCUGCGGCCUUUGCAGGCAGCUUGAUUAGCUCCAACCCUGGUCCCGGCCAGCAGAGACGCUUUGUGACCGGUGGAAGCGACAACCUCAUCAAGAUCUGGGACUAUAGCGCCGAGUCCAAGACCUACAACCUCACUCAGACCCUGGAGGGCCACUCAGACUGGGUCCGUGAUGUAGCCUGGUCGCCCAGCAUUCUGUCCAAAUCCUACAUUGCCUCGGCCUCCCAGGACAAGACUGUCCGCAUCUGGACUUCCGACGCUUCCAACCCCGGCCAGUGGACAAGCCAAACACUCGAGUUCGAUACCGUUCUGUGGCGCGUCAGCUGGAGUCUGAGCGGCAACAUUCUUGCUGUCAGCGGUGGUGACAACAAGGUCAGCUUGUGGAAGGAGAACUUGAAGGGACAGUGGGAGAAGGUUAAGGAUAUCGAGGAGUAAUUGGUUUUUCUCGCAUUGAUUCCUUUUGUUCCCGCAUAAUUCAUGUCAAGAUUUCUAUUCCUAUAAACUUCAAACACCCCCUUCAUACUUUUCACAUGUUCCAACUUUUCUUGAUUCGGGGAAGACACUCUGGUCGCGUCUUCGAGGACUGGACAGUUUUAGAUGGUAUCAGCUACACUAUAACCACAGUGUUCGGAUGAAAGCAUGCAGGGUAGAAAAAUUCUCUUUUGCCGAG